GAAACUAUAAGUUGAAGUAAGAACUGACCUUUGUAGAGCGGGCUUGUGAAUUCUUAGCCUCAUCAUGAGUUCUCUGGUCCUCGAUAGGAAGUCCGGGGGGUUUUCGUUUGACAACUGUUACAGAAAUAAAGCCAUCGAACAAAAAGGCUUUACAGUGCCAAAAGCCAUAAAAACUGGGACAACAAUAUGUGGAGUUGUUUUCAAGAAUGGAGUAGUUCUGGGUGCAGAUACACGAGCAACAGAAGGUAGUAUAGUUGCUGAAAAAAAUUGUUCUAAAAUUCACCGCAUUGCAGAAAACAUAUAUUGCUGUGGAGCUGGGACUGCAGCCGACACUCAGAUGGUCACACUCAUGAUUUCUUCCCAAGUUGAACUCCACCGUUUGAAUACAGGGAGGACUCCAAGAGUCAUAGCUCCACUUCGUCUCCUUAAGCGCUAUCUUUAUCAGUACCAAGGUUAUGUUGGUGCUGCUCUCGUAUUAGGUGGAGUGGACUCUACAGGCCCUCACUUAUACAGUAUUGCACCACAUGGUUCAACGGAUAAAUUACCAUACAUCACAAUGGGAAGUGGUAGUCUUGCAUGCAUGUCUGUACUGGAAUCAAGGUUUAAAUUUGAUAUGGAAUUUAUGCUGACGUUUUCCAUUUUCAGAGCUCCAUUUUGAGUGCAAUACACUUUAAUAGUCCAAGUGGAACGGUGGUUGAUGUACUCGACUUACGAUUAUCAGUCCACAUUCCGAAUGUAUUUAUACUCAGAUUAUGGCUAGCCCAACUCAGUAUCCGGGUGAAGGUAUCUGCACUCAACUUUUGGUCAGAUUAAAACCUGAUUACUAUCUGGCUAAUGAAACCAAAGUCGAUGAGAUAACAGUCUUAUCUGGAAGUAAAUGCCUUUAAACCUAGUGCUUGAAUCUAUGAGUCAGUAUGUCUAUUGUAUGACCUGAGAAAUAGCUAAUACUCCGGCAACCAAGCCUAAAAACUUCCUAAUCAUACCAUUUUGAGAUACAUGUCAAGUAAUCAGAUUUAGAUUGCUAUUCUAGCUUUCUCUAAGAUGAGGAUCAAAAGAGGAAUUAAAUUCGUUUAUGAACACAAUGUCAAGAUAUGCAAAUAGAUUUAAGAAAAUUUCUUGACGCAUACCAGCUAUUUUUCGUUGUUUAGAUCAGUCCGUAACUUGUCGAUCCGUUUUUAUCGUAUUUCGAC